AUGUUCUCUCUUUUCGAAACUGUUGCUGCCGCCGUCAAGGUUGUCUCUGCCGCCGAGCCCGAGCACGCCCCUACCAACGAAGGCAAGGGCGAGCCCGCUCCUUACUGCAUCAUCGCCUAA